CAGAAUAACAGGCAGACAAAUAAUAAGAUGGCUGAAGUUUCUGCAGACGCCGUCACUCUGGAUCUGUUGCGAGAAGCCAGAGAGACGGUGAGGAGCAGCCCGCUGGGUGUCAUCAACACGCCCGUGAUCGCCUGGUGCCAGACCACCCUGCCUCUCAGCAUCAGCUGCAACAUCCACAUCAAACUGGAAAACAUGCAGAGAACCGGGUCCUUUAAGAUCAGAGGGGUGGCCAAUCAGUUCGCCAGGAGGCCGAGUGGGGGACAUUUUGUCACCAUGUCUGCAGGAAACUAUGGGAAGUCUUUUGCAUACGCAUCGAAACACUACGGGUCGAAGGGCAAGGUGGUGAUGCCAGAAACUGCCCCAGAGUCCAGAUCCAUCCUCAUUCAGAGUUUUGGCGUGGAGGUGGAGCGAGUCCCGACUUCCUGCCUGAUGAACGUGGUGAACCGUUGCGUCCAGGAGGACAACAUGACCUUCCUGCACUCCUACGACGACCUGGAUCUAAUCGCAGGACAUGCCAGCCUCGGUAUGGAGCUGCUGGAGGUGGUGCCUGAGCCUGAUGUGGUGGUGGUGUGCUGCGGAGGAGGAGGGCUGCUGGCCGGAGUAGCUGCUGCCAUCAAACUGUCGGGCUGCGAUGACACCAGGAUCUACGGCGUGGAGCCAGAAGGAGCCUGCACGAUGUACAAGAGCUUCAUCGAGAAGAAGCCAGUGGGGAUGGACGCCAAGAGCAUUGCUUCGGGCCUCGCACCACCUUUUGCAGGCAGGCUGCCCUUCGAGCUGUGCCGGCGCUACGUGGAGGAGAUCGUCCUGGUCAGCGAUGAGGAGAUCAAGGCAGCGGUGUCCACGCUCUACAGAUCCGGGCUCGUGGUCGAACCGUCGGGCUCUGCUGCCUUUGCUGCCGUUGUUAACAACAAGAUACCUCGGCUGGAGGGCAAGAACGUCGUGUGCAUCCUCAGCGGAGGGAACAUCGGGAAAGACGAGCUCGCUAACUUUCCAAACUGACAAAUUCACACGACUGUGAUGUGAUUUCCUGCAAGUCUGUGCCAACGUGACUUUCCUUUUUCCCCACAUAAUUGGACAUUUUGGUAGUAAAACACACUGUUAUAAGCUAUUUGGAGGGGUGAACUACAAUGCAAGAU